AAAAACAUCCUACAAACACUGUGAUCGAGCAGUAGAAAGGCACCACGGUUGUGUUACUUGUUCGCAGCUUUUCCUCACAUAUAAAACACUCAACAGCAGUUCCGAGCCUACGACGAUUUGUGGUUAAAUAACACGAUUACCUCUCAGCGUUGUUGGGACGUCAAUAUGGCGAUGCUUAGUAUCAAGAGCUUAGUGCGAACAGCCUCUCCUGCAGAGGGCGCUGUCCUUUUUUUCUUUUUCAUGGGGGAGAUUGUAGCUCCCUCUUCCACCAACAGGUCUGAUAGAGGCAGAAACUUUUAUCUGCAUCGCAAUGUGUCUGUAUCUUUCAGUCACAACGGUGAAAGAUUCAGGAGAAAGCAGCAGUACAUAAAACAGCACUCUUGCUGACAAACAGUGGACAGCUGAGGACCAAAGUCAACAAUGAAGCUCUUCAAGUGUCUUUUUCUGUUUGCAACUAUGGUGGUAACUGCCCCAAUCAGAGCACGAAGAGAAAAUGUGUUAAGCUUCCUAAAUGAUGCACUUGACACAACUACUGAAAAGACCAUACCUGAAAAUACAACAGCAUAUCGAAACCCUCCAAGUAAACCUGUGAAAGAGCAAUAUUCUGAAGCAUCAAACUCAUUCACAGAUAUGUCAGAGGCAAAAUCUACCGAGAGUUUUGACACUAAUAGAUUUACAGGACCUGGAGUAUCUGAUAAAAAUGGAGGUGAAAGCAGAGGCCUUGACAGUGAUGAGAUCGUAAUUCCUAAAGUUGUGGAGAAAGAUAAGGCACCAUUAAGGAGGAAAACCAAAAUGAGGCUGAUGGAUAUGAGCAGCAGGCUGGUUCAGGACCAGGGGAGCAGGGAGCACGGUGGGCCACACGGAGCACACCAAGCAAGCAGAGAGCGGACUGAUCUUAACAGUGAGGAAGGAGUGACGGUGGAUGCUCAGAAGAUUGAAAAUUUGUCAGGAAAACAAGUUAUCAGUUUGAGUCGAGACCGAGUGACUAGCAGUCUCCAAAGAAAGGCAGCACCAGGACGAGUUCAUGAGUUAAAUGGUAUGCUGGUCCCUGUCAGAAGCAGAGAAUUGCUGGAUCCAGAUAGUUUGGAGGACAACAUUGGCAGACCUGCUCCAGUGGGCAACAGAGGAGAUGCAGACUAUGAUGAAACCAGAGAAUUUCUCAGCUCUGAAAUGUAUCCAAAAGCACCUCCAGAGCACAUGCCCAGUAGCUUCUCUGUUCCAGCAAAGAGUCAAGCCUCCUGAUUAUCAUACAAAGAUUCUAUUUCUUCCUCAUAAUGAGUCAGGGGCCGCCAUCUGUUGAGUCAUAGGAGGCAGCUCUGGCUGCUUCCAAAUACAGUUUCUUCUGGGAC